UGCGCGCCAGCCGCGGCGGAGUCGUCCGGCUGCACGGCUGGCGUUUGCUUUUCGAGACCGAAGUGAGUCAGUCAGUCAAGCGUCGACCAUCGUCGGGAUCGGUUGUGCCGUUCGUUCCCUCGCGACUCGAGUCCGUCGAUCUUUCCGUCUCCGCGACGUUCCCGUGCGAUUCGUUAUGAAUUUUUCAACGUUCACAAGGACACACACAUCGUGACCAGCAGCCAGUUCCAAUCGACGACCGAUCGAUGGAGUUCAAUCGUGGCACCCGUUGAUCACACUGAACGCGAUCGACAAUCGCUGCCGUCGAUCUUAACGCGAACCGCGCCGACGUCGUGACAGUGCGUGAACAUUUUUACUUCGUUUCGUUAUUAAAAUGCUGUCACGGGAUUUGUUGACUUUCGCGACGAUGGUGUCCAGCCUGUCUGUGGUCGUUGGUGCUUCCGUGGAUCUCGACUCCGGUGACUACGAGGUGCUGGCCGAUAACGAAGGGAAAUCCAAUGACAAUGAUUCGCGAAACGUUCGCGAGGUGAGGUGCUUUUGUAAUCAACCGGAAUGCGUGCCUCAAGGAUACAUGUGUCGUGGCAGGGGCUGCUUCACCGAGCUACCAUCCAGCACGAAUCCGUCGUUAUUGAGAGCGGAACACAGCGCGUACAGCGGCUGCCUCGACGAAAGCUUCAAAGAGCGACAAUGUCCCACGGGAUACCUCUGUUGCGAGCAGGAUCUCUGCAACCACGUAGAUAGCCCAGCCAUGAGAAACAGGCUCAACAAGACUCUUCAAGAGUUGGCGGGUGACCAACGACCUUUCCUCGGUCCGGUGCAGCCGGUCAAUCAUGGAGGCCAAACGACGGACGGUUGGUUCAAGACUGCCACGAUCGCAGUACCGAUUUGCGGUCUGAUUGUUCUAUUGAUACUGGCAAGCCUCGCCAUUAGAUUACUCCAGCCUGUACCAACGCAAAGCGAUAAACUCGGGCCUCAUCGGAUGCCCGAUAAUGGGCCGCCGUUAUUGGGACCACCGAAAGUGCCUCUCGUUUAA